GAGAGAGCGAGAGAGAAAGAGAACGAUGAUACGGUCGGCGCACGGUCUAAUUACUCGGCAAAGCAGAUUCGCGUUCCGGGGAUAAAGGGCGGCUUCGGCACGAUAAUACAAAUCGGCCGUGCAAAAACGGCCGGCAGAGGCCACGAUCAUUGUUGCGGCCCAUGGUAAGAGUAUAAAUUUCACAGCAGGUCGGCGGGGCGACCGAUUUCGGUGGCAGGCUCCGAAACAGACGAGAAAGAAGCAUCGGUGGCCAUUGAAGGACCAUUGCGAAAAAGAAUACCGAUCCGUCUAACUGGUUGAAAGACGAAGGUAGAAUGCGAGGAACAGAAGAGGAGGGACAGAGGACACGUUGCUAGAGGAUGGUCGCAAUAUUCCAGGCGAAACUCACGCAGUUCGCGGAUGACUGAGUAGUUCUGCCGGCAAUAUAAUGGGACCCCCCGUGGUAGCUUACCUGCAUCAUCGACUAAUCACGCCGGAUAAUAGGGAACAAUGGCGCCCCCGUGAAAAGUGAAGCAUACUCACCACUUACCUCCCUGUUCAACCACCACCCCUCUCUAUCUUCUAUCUUGCGGCGUCUUUCGUAUACCGGAUGGCUGUCUCGUUCUAUGUCUCUCGGUAAACGCUCGCCCUCUCAGAUCGUUCCCGCGAGUCUCUUUCUCUUUUCGCCUACGUUUACGAACACCUAUCUCCGUCUCCAUGCGGAAAGUAUAUAAUCCUCUUACGCACCGAGCACAAAGUAAAAUACGGACAACACAAGGCGGUCCGCUCCGUCGCAUCGUGUUCCGGCCUUGCCGGUUACACGAAAGACUAUUUUUUGGAGAAUGGCAUGGUCGAUUUCGGAAAUCGACGAGCUAAAUUUGUAAAUCCGUGAGGCUCUUAACUUUUUAACCUUUUUCACGAUACAUUUAUUAUCUAUAUAUAUUACAUUCUUCUGUCGAGAGGAGAAUUGAAAUAAUUCGUUACGAUUACAAAUUACAAAAUAAUUUAGAAGAUUUUCGAUCAUUUGGUAAUUCUUAUACGGAUUCACGAUUUUUUUAAUUGUCCUUUAUAAUCAGUUUUAUAUCGAAUUUCUAGCAUCGCAGGACAAAAUGUUCUAGUAGCGAGAAAUGCAUUACUAUAGACUAUAGACGAUAGAUAAAACUACCCCAUCAACAUUGGCUAGAAAAAAUUAAGCUUGCAAAUAACGUGUCGAAUAAACUAUUUCAUCGACAAUUUUCUACGUAAAGCGUCGCCUUUACGAAACGCUGAUACGAUUAGAACGAAUGUACCUCUCGAUAUAACCUCGUUAUAGUACGGUGAAACUAGAGUCAUUCCUUUGGUUCUUUCCGUUCGUCCCUCCGGAGGUUGGUCAACGGUUUCUCGUUACCUAUGUAGGCGAAGGACCUCCGUGGGGUAACAGACACGUAAACGACGACACACAAACGGUCGUUGGUUCGCUUUGUCGUGCUUUAGACGGAGUUGCUCGCGAGACGAGAACGUACGCGUUUGACCCUUUUUACCGGGGACCGCUUUCCUUCCGUGGCGCUCGCCUACGCCGCUGGCCGUGUAAUCAUUCUCUCCUACUUUCGAGAGGCAGGCCGCGCUUUCACGCGGACGCUCGAAUCGCUUUUGUGCCCUUCCGGCUGGAUCCGCGGGAGGACCGACCCAUUAUGCCACGCAACGCGCGCGUUUUGUUAACUUGGGGAUGAAAGGGUCGUUAAAGGAGCCCUCCGGACUCGUUAGUCGGCCGUGCCUUCGGUGAUUCUUCCGCAGAAAGAGGUGCGAGAUGAGAUCCGAAGCGAUACUUGCUCCCUUUGUCGCGUAAAUUACAUGAAAAAAUUUAUUUAUCGGGGAAAAUUGCUCGUUAAAAUGGUUUGCUCGGAAUUUCUAUCUCGGUCGCGUCUCUCUUGUGGGACGAAGAUAAGGAUGACGUGGACAAAGGCAGCGGAAGAGCGAAGAAAAAGCGACAGCACGAUAUCGGUAUCAUGAUGGAAUCGCGCGGUCCACUCUUAAUUUCCGUCGCCUGGCGCUUAUUUAACCCGGAGGGAGUAUCGCGAAAGAGUGAGAGAGCCGGAAGACGACAGCGAGGCAUGGAUAGGGACGAGAGGACGACGAGGGUUCCUGACUCGGAACGAGAAACUCACCCCCGCGCGGCCGGCUACGUGCUCUCGGGGUAUUUGCACGCGCGAAUACGCGGCUCUGAUACACCGACGCGCAUAAUGCAUGUGGUUAUAGAGAGCGAGAAAGGAGGGCCAGAACGGUGAAGAAAAAGAGGGAGCUAACGGAUAGAGGUAACUAGAGGGUGGCGGUGGAAGGGAGAGAAGCAGUAGAUUAGGUGGGUACAUCGCGCGACUGCGGCGAGGACGUUGGUAUAGAAUAGCAGAUAUAGGUGUACGAGAACUACCAUCGUGUGGCACACCGGUUAGGAAGAGAGAGCGAGCGAGUAGUCGACGAGGCAAGCUAAAAUGGGCGGUUGGAGAGGGGGAUGACUGAGGAACGCGAGCCGAGGGGUGAGAAGGGUGGCGAGCAGGGAAGGACAGAGGGAAGCACGGGGUAGUAGAGUGAACGGGGUGUCGAGGGGGGUAGGCUAUAAAGGCUAAUUGGUUAAAAGCUCACCGCUGGCUGCAGGCUUAAAUCAAGAUCUUGGAGUGUUAUAAUGGAUAAGUAACACGGCGAGGCACGGCCACCAGCCAGCGGAGUUGUGUGUUAUCCCCACCCCUUGGUUGGCUCUGGCAGAGUAGGUAGGUUCGGUGAGGCAGCGCUACCACCCCCAUUCCGCGAUCCGCAGGAUCGUCGAGGGCGAGUAUCUUUCGAGUUAAGGACGACGCGGCUCACGCGAUUGGCCCGCACCUACGGCUACCCCCGUGCCGGAUACACUCUGCCACGAGUCAUCGAUCGCGCCUCCACCCUAUGAGAAAUCGCGACAUCCAUCCCCCACGGUAAGCCAUUUGCUCCGCCCCGCCCCCUACCCCUCCAACAACGACACCCCUUCUGGCAACUUGCAGCUUAGCCAUCCUCUCUGCUCCCCUCCAACGCGUUCGCCACCCUUCUAUCUUCGUUCGUGUUUCAUCCCUCUCGUUUCAACCAUCCCUUCGGCCCGUUCGUCUGUCCUUCGGUAGUCGUCUAUCUACCCGACGCGCAACACUACCACCCCGUGAGUCUCGGAGCGUGACUCCACGUUCUAUCCUUCUUUACCCUCCUCCGUCUCCAUCUUCUCCUCCUCUUUCUCUUUCUCCACCCUGCCUAUGCUUCUUCUCUCUCUCUCUCUCUCUCUCUCUCUCUCACUCACUCACUCACUCACUCUCUCUCUCUCUCUCCUUCUUCGUCGCUGUUUCUCGCUCGCACUCUCCGUCUCCGCUUCGCUUUCCCUACAUCGCUCCGCGCGCUCCGGCUGCGUGCGCGAAUGUUCGAGUAAGGCCCUCGUUCGUGUGACCUGUGGUUUCUCCGGCGUUUUCCUACCCUUAGUGCGAGCACAGUGCCCAUCCGCAGUCCAUCAUUCGCCACGAUACGCAUUCGCGAUUCUCGGCUACUUUCACCUCGUUGCUCGUGCUCACGGCCGACGAUUUCCGCGAGUGGAUGUCACCGUGUUGUUCCUACCGAUUCUUCCAAACGUUCACCCUGUUGUGCGAUUCACCGUGCAUCUUCGUGCAAGAGUACUUGACCAUGGUUCGUAAAUCGUGUAACGAUGAUCCGAUCCGAUCCAGUGGUAAAUAUUAAAAGAAACAAAGGAAUGCGAUCCAUCGAUCUUACGUGGGGAAAAAAAACAAGCGGAACACCGGCGAACGAGUGAUUAACGAUCAGUGGAAGAGAAAGUGACUCGAGGAAGUGACUCCGUGUUGCUCUUCGCGGUUUUACACGUACGGCAACGUCUCGCGAAUAAACUAGCGGGUCGAAGAGGGGAAGAGAAGAUCGGUUUGGGGUGAGGAAGAGAGGAGAAACGGCUACGUGUCAGGUUGGUAGGCGGUGGUGGGAGGAGGUGCUACCACAAGCGCACAAUUACACACACACAUACACACUCACACAAAUACAUUCGCCUGUAUAUACGCACAGUGUAACGCACACUGUGACGCGCGAAUAAAGUCGGAAGGUGGUGGUGGUGGUGGACAGAGGUGGUUGAAGGACGAGAGGGGCGAAAGAGGGUGGCUCUGGAAAGGGUGGGCCUUCCAAGUGUCUUGUCUCCUAUCAUCCUGUCGUCCAGGGUAUCGCUUACGAAUGUCGCGCGAUCGAGCGAUCCGUCUCCGAUCCAGCACGACCAGGGACGUUCUGCCAUCGAAGGCGUUGCGACGAACCCGCUAGUCUACACCGUACAGUUUACCAUUAUCAUCGUGUUACGCUCUCCGCUUGAUAUGCGACGCGAGCCGCGAUUCGAACCGCUCCGCGUGUCGGAUAGACCGUGUUCUGCCGUCGGACCGUCGGCGGAGGAGCAUCCGAUGCUCUUCUGACGGGACGAACGCGUACAACGAGCCGUGUUCAGUGGAACGGGUGACUGUUUGCUCGAAUCGUGUGCCAUUCCAGGGGAAACAGAACUCGAGACUGACGCGUUCCGUUCGGGGAACCGUGAACGUCGCUGGAACGGACUCUUUGGACGCGAGUCAACGAUGUCUGGUGAAACGGAGAUCGAGGUAUCCGUAGUGUCCGAAGAGGAUUUGGAACUGGAAGCUUCGAGGAGCAGCUCGACACCGGCGGAGUUGCUUCUACAAGAGAAAAACGGAAAAUCUGGUUGUGGAUUGAACAAUCACCAUUCCUUCAGUUUCGACGUAGGCAAACCGGCACUCAGGCCCGCGUGUAACCCUCAGUACACGUCCUUCAGCAUCUCUAGCAUCCUUGGAAGACCCGAGUCACCACCUAUAGACUCUACAUCGACGGUGUCCGCUGAAAGGCAAUCGUCGGAUGUCGACAGAGGCUCGCCAUUGCCAACGACGAACGCUCAGAAUUCCCAAAGAAUCGGAUCCUCCUGCGACAGCCCUGCAAGGGGUUUGUCCUCGCCUACGUCCUUGAGAUUUUCCAACAAUCAAAGGGGUGUCUCGUCGGUCGGUCACACGACAGACAACAGAAACAAUGCUACUAACAUGGGGAUCGUAUGUGCUACCAGUGCUACCAGCCCGGCGUCCACUUUCUCUCCACCCAGCGACGCCUCUACGAACCCUCUGCUCGGUCACCAAGCGUCGGCCGACUUGGCGAUGCUGUCGAGAUUGGGCCUGAUGUCGUCGUUGAUAGCGGGCCGAUAUCCGGUCGGAAUUGGCGUCGGCGGCGUGUUCUUUCCGUCGACGUUGCAACACCUUCACCAACAACAGCAACACCAACAUCACUCGCGGUUGGCAGCCGCUUCGUCGGCCUUGAGCAAUGCCGUUCAGGUCACCGGCCAAUCGGAUAUCGUCGAUGCCGACGGCAUCCGUGGCGUUCUACCCGGUGGCGCCGGUUGGCCGUUUCCAUGGAGGCCGACGCACGGUCUGCAGACGCUAGAACAUCCGUCGCCGAGCGACGUCGUCGGCAACUUGAGCCGCGUUAGUCCUGCUUCCGCGUCCUUUCCGCAAAGGGACGACCUGGACGACGAGAACGGGGAGGAGCGUCUGCACCGGACACGGAGUCCGUCGACGGGCGACGAAGGACACGACGAUCUGGGUGAGCAGGACGACUGCCCGGAGGCGGAUGGCGAAGGGGAAUCCACAAACUCGACGAGUCUUCACGGUGGUAGCGGCGGUGGCACAGGGAAUAGUGGAGGUGGUGGAGGCGGUGGUGGCGGUGGGCAGAACAGCGUGCAAGUUGGCGUAGAUGGUCGCGACUCCAGCAGCAUGAAACGAAAGAAGAAGACGCGAACUGUGUUCUCGCGGUCGCAGGUGUUUCAAUUAGAAAGCACGUUCGACAUGAAACGCUACCUUUCGUCUUCUGAACGCGCCGGUCUCGCUGCAACGUUACGGCUGACCGAGACUCAGGUGAAGAUCUGGUUCCAGAAUCGUCGUAACAAGUGGAAAAGACAACUCGCUGCCGAAUUGGAGGCAGCAAACAUGGCGCACGCGGCGCAGAGACUAGUCAGGGUGCCGAUACUGUAUCACGAGGCGUCCGCCGGAAGCGGAACGUCCGGCAGUGUCUCGGUGUCGGUCGCUGCGCCGCCGGUCGCCGCUGCGCCAGCGUCGGUCGCCACGUCGGCGCUCUCCCACUCGGUCGGCGUAGGAGUCGGCGUCGGUGUCGGCGUCGGCACCUCCUGCCCCCCUACCACCGCCCAGUCGAUCUUCUACUCCCAUCACCAUCAGCACCACCAUCAUCACCCGGCUCACGUGCAGGCGCACACUCUCCUGCCCCACCAGGUACACCCACAACCGCCGCCACCCCCGCCGCCGCCGCCUAACGGCCAACCACCCCAAUCCUCUUCGCAAUAACACCGUCCGGCUCACGAGACCGUCGGCCCGCUGCAACCAACCACCGCCGACACCGCGGUCUCCCUCUCGCGACUCGCCUCGAUCGCCUUGUCCGGAUAAACGUUUUCUUCUGCCGUUUCGGUCAUCUUGGAUCGUCGAUCGUGCGAGCUUGAUCGAGCCAGGUAGAGUCUCUUCUUUUCAACGUUUCCUUUUUCGUCAAUUACACUGAUUUUUCAGUAUUCUAGCAUCAGUCUUGUUUUAAAAGUUUACUGGAAGUCGAAAGAUUAGAGAAUAUCUGUGAUUCGAUAUUUUAUCACGAUCAGAUCUUACCGACGAGAGGAGAAACUUGACAAAAUUUUAUCAUAUAUUUUCUACCAUCUUUGUUUCUCCUUAUUCGGUUUAAAAUAUUUAAUCACAAUUACGUAACACUCUAUACGAUAUAACUUUACUUAGAAGAAAAAGAACACGAGAAACUUCAAAUAUUACAACAUAUCUUAAAAAAUGAAAAAAUGCUACAUGGGAAAUUGUAACUGAGAAAAACAGUUAUUUGAACUAUACAAAAGAAUAUCACUCGGAUCUUUAGAAAAGGAAGGAACAAAACGAUCACCGAGAGUUAAUGCAAAAUGAUAGAAUUUAAAGUAAAAGAAUUCGCCAACAAAAUAGCCGGACGAUUUUAAAAAAACAGAGAGAGGUUUAACCGAAACACGAUCUGGCUUGUUCAAGCUAUCCGAAAGCUUUUCAACAUCGCUGGAAUCGCGGGUUUGGCUCGUUAAAUUCCGGCACGAUCGAUGGCUCUCGAGUCUCCGUUUCAGCAACGAAACGAUCUCGUUUUAUCCACGUUCGUCGCGCCACGUCUUUCAAUUGCACGUUCCAAGCCCGUGUACUAGCAUCCGCGUUCCGUUCCAAGCGACGAUGCAUCGAAACGCAAGAGGACAGGAUCGUCACGGUGUCGGAGGUUGGAUUUUUCGCCGCGGUUCAACGCGACUGGCGACUUCCGGCAAGUCGAACAAUUGUAAUAUAAGUAUGUAUCUAGUCUGUCAACUUGUCGAUAAGAAACUGCUCGUGGAACGAUUAUUAAGAAUAUUUUGUCGAUGAGCGCAGGACAAACACAGUUCUGUCCUUCCCUCUGUUUCUAUAGCUGUCUGGCUCACUUUAUGUCUUUCUAUCGUUCCGUUUAUACGCUUUUCUAAAUACGUGACACGAAACUUGUUUCUACCGUUAACACAAAUUUUAAUUUCUUUCUUUUCCUUAGUCUUCUUUCUAAUCGGGAACGUUGCAAACACGAAACGAGGAAUCUCAAAGAAAAAUGUAAAUGUAACCGCUAUGAGAUUGUAACUAAUUGUUAGAUA